ACAGCUCGUCCGCCCUCGCUGCAGCCGGGAGGAGGCGGCGGCCCGUGCACCGCAGGCCCCGCCCGCCCACGGCCCUUCCCGGGAGGCCGGGAGACCUGCUCCGCCCGGCCCUCGGUGGGUGAGUGCGAGCGGCGGGUGGGGCCUCCGCGGGCGGAGACACCGGGAGCGGGGGCGACGCCUGUCAACGCUCUAGGCCCAGCGGGAGGACGCGCCAACAUCCCCGCUGCUGUGCUGGGCCCGGGGCGUGCCCGCCGCUGCUCCCACCUCUGGGCCGGGCUGGGGCCGCCCGGGGGCCCUGUUCCUCGGCAUUGCGGGCCUGGUGGGCAGAGCCGCGGAGGGGGCUUCUUUUCCCCGAGGGCAGCGUCUUGGGGCCUGGCCACUGGCUGACCCGCAGCGGCUCCGGCCAUGCCUGGCUGGCCCUGGGGGCUGCUGCUGACGGCAGGCACGCUCUUUGCCGCCCUGAGCCCUGGGCCGCCGGCGCCCGCCGACCCCUGCCACGAUGAGGGGGGUGCGCCACGCGGCUGCGUGCCAGGCCUGGUGAACGCCGCCCUGGGCCGCGAGGUGCUGGCUUCCAGCACGUGCGGGCGGCCGGCCACUCGGGCCUGCGACGCCUCCGACCCGCGACGGGCACACCCCCCCGCCCUCCUGACUUCCGCAGGGGGCACGGCCAGCCCUCUGUGCUGGCGCUCGGAGUCGCUGCCUCGGGCACCCCUCAACGUGACUCUCACGGUGCCCCUGGGCAAGGCUUUUGAGCUGGUCUUCGUGAGCCUGCGCUUCUGCUCAGCUCCCCCAGCCUCCGUGGCCCUGCUCAAGUCUCAGGACCAUGGCCGCAGCUGGGCCCCGCUGGGCUUCUUCUCCUCCCACUGUGACCUGGACUAUGGCCGUCUGCCUGCCCCUGCCGAUGGCCCAGCUGGCCCAGGGCCUGAGGCCCUGUGCUUCCCCGCACCCCUGGCCCAGCCUGAUGGCAGCGGCCUUCUGGCCUUCAGCAUGCAGGACAGCAGCCCCCCAGGCCUGGACCUGGACAGCAGCCCAGUGCUCCAAGACUGGGUGACCGCCACCGACGUCCGUGUAGUGCUCACAAGGCCUAGCACGGCGGGUGACCCCAGGGACAUGGAGGCCGUCGUCCCUUACUCCUACGCAGCCACCGAUCUCCAGGUGGGCGGGCGCUGCAAGUGCAAUGGACAUGCCUCACGGUGCCUGCUGGACACACAGGGCCACCUGAUCUGCGACUGUCGGCAUGGCACUGAGGGCCCUGACUGCGGCCGCUGCAAGCCCUUCUACUGCGACAGGCCAUGGCAGCGGGCCACUGCCCGGGAAUCCCACGCCUGCCUCGCUUGCUCCUGCAACGGCCAUGCCCGCCGCUGCCGCUUCAACAUGGAGCUGUACCGACUGUCCGGCCGCCGCAGCGGGGGUGUCUGUCUCAACUGCCGGCACAACACCGCCGGCCGCCACUGCCACUACUGCCGGGAGGGCUUCUAUCGAGACCCUGGCCGUGCCCUGAGUGACCGUCGGGCUUGCAGGGCCUGUGACUGUCACCCGGUUGGUGCUGCUGGCAAGACCUGCAACCAGACCACAGGCCAGUGUCCCUGCAAGGAUGGCGUCACUGGCCUCACCUGCAACCGCUGCGCACCUGGCUUCCAGCAAAGCCGCUCCCCAGUGGCGCCCUGUGUUAAGACCCCUAUCCCUGGACCCACUGAGGACAGCAGCCCUGUGCAGCCCCAGGACUGUGACUCGCACUGCAAACCUGCCCGUGGCAGCUACCGCAUCAGCCUAAAGAAGUUCUGCAAGAAGGACUAUGCGGUGCAGGUGGCGGUGGGUGCGCGCGGCGAGGCGCGCGGCGCGUGGACACGCUUCCCGGUGGCGGUGCUCGCCGUGUUCCGGAGCGGAGAGGAGCGCGCGCGGCGCGGGAGUAGCGCGCUGUGGGUGCCCGCCGGGGAUGCGGCCUGCGGCUGCCCGCGCCUGCUCCCCGGCCGCCGCUACCUCCUGCUGGGGGGCGGGCCUGGAGCCGCGGCUGGGGGCGCGGGGGGCCGGGGACCCGGGCUCAUCGCCGCCCGCGGAAGCCUCGUGCUACCCUGGAGGGACGCGUGGACGCGGCGCCUGCGGAGGCUGCAGCGACGCGAACGGCGGGGGCGCUGCAGCGCCGCCUGAGCCCGCCGGCUGGGCAGGGCGGCCGCUGCUCCCACAUCCAGGCGCACGUUCACCCUGUGCCUUCGCCUGACAAGGAGUCCUUGCUCGCGUCGCGCGUGUCGCCACCUGGGCCGCCGCCCCGUCCCCGCCGGCAGCUCCCUCGGUACCUCCCGUCUGGCCCUGGGGGGAAGUGACCGGUGCAGCGACAGCCCGCCCCGCACAGAGGCGGGUGAUAUGGCACACCCGGAGGACCCCAUGGUCUCCCGCCCUCUGGCUGUCGGCCCUGUCCCAGGGGCACUGGGAUACCCGGAAGGCUGUGAAUCCUUCGUGAUGCCGGGCCCUCUCGGGGAUCUCAGAUCAUCCCCGGGGCCGCUGUGAUGCAACCCCACCCGUGCGGCGACCCGCCAGGGAGCGCGCUGACCUCCCCAAAGACUGUGGCCACCGCAGGCGCCUUGGACCCCCAUGGGGGGACAGGGCGUCCCCUGCCUCCUGCAGCCCCCCACGAGGGCGGCGGCCUUGGCCCCUGCGGGCUGGACGUCCGCGUCCGGGUGCCCCGCGGCGUCUGCUGCCGGGUCCCGUAAUUUUCUUGGCCGCCUGUGUCCCCGUCUGCGGGCUCCGUCCCGCCGUCCCUCUCUCUGCCGCGUCUCUGACCCUCGGCGCCACGGCUCCUCAGCUCAGGGCCGGUCCCAGAACCUCCUUCCAGCCCUUCUCCCCCGACUCGGGAAGGGACGUCGUGCCCACGCGGUUCCGGAUCCACGCGUGACCCGGCCGGACCGCGACGCCGACAGGCGGCUGUCCGGGCCCCCGAUGCCCUCGGCAGGGCCGUGCCACCCCCCGCCCCCCUUGGCUUGUCCCCCCGGGACCGCACUGCCGUUGCCUCCUCUCCGCGCGGGACCGGUUCCCGGCCGGCCCCAGCUUCCGCCGCUGCGGCCGCCGACCGUCAGCGCGCAUGCCCAGAGCCGGGCAGGCCGGAGCCCCGCGGGCGCUCCGGGGUGGGCACAGGGCGAGAGCUCGGCGGGGGCGGGGCCGAGCACGCGCGUGCGCAGAAAGGCCGGCGCGGCAGGCUGAGGAGAAAGCGGCGCGCGGAGGUACCUUGAGCUCUCAAACAGGCGUGGCGUUUAUGAGGAAAGGCCAUGUAGGUCCCUGGAGAGGCUUCCCGGGUGAGAAAGAAGCCGCACUGGGUAUGGAGGGCAGCUUGGCUGUGGAGAGAGGCAUUAGGAGGGGACGGUGGCCCGUGAGAGAGCUGCCCCUGGCCCGUGCAGUUGCACCUCCCUCUGCAGGACCGGCUGCGUGUUGACCCGCUGGGACCGUGAUGUCCCAGGCAUUCUAGAAUACCUUUCUAGCACCUGGCCUGGGACCCUGUAAGGAUGAGAGCGUCCUCAGGCAGCUGAGCGGUCCUGGCCGGCCGGGCUGGGCUGAGUGCUUUCUAUCAACAGGCUCAGUAAAUCCCGCAACAGAACAGGGACUGGAGCCUAUCCCUUGCCAGUUUCCUACUGUGCUUAGAAUACAAUCCACGGGCCCGUGGGUGUGUCCGUGCUGCCCUCUGUGCCCUAUAGCGCAGCCAGCCUGUUCCUCCCUCAGCCUUUGCACCUAUCUGCUGGUGUCUGGAGCGCAUCGUCCUCAGCAAUCCCGGCUGCUUCCUUCUCACUCCUCUGGCUCAAUGUCAUCUCCUGGGAGAGGUGUGCCCUGAGGAUCCUCAAUAAAGUAGCUGUCACCCUCCAGACCCACGGUGUGGACCCCCACGAUCUGAAA